AUGCCAAUUGACCUCGGUCUAGCGAGGAUAACCAAACUCCUAUCCCAUUUCAACAACCCCCACCUCAAAUACAAAUCGAUCCAUAUAGCUGGCACCAACGGCAAAGGCUCGACACUAGCCUACUUGUCUUCGAUACUCACCCAAAAUGCAGUCCGCAACGGCAAGUUCACGUCGCCGCACAUGAUAGAGAUCAACGACUGCAUAGCCAUCGACAACAAGACAUACCCGAGGUCGAAGUUUGGCCUCGUCAUGGACAAAGUGGUCGAGGCAGACCAACAGCUCAAGCUCAAAUGCACCGAGUUUGAGAUUUUGACCGUGGCAGCUUUCCGAAUAUUCGAGUUGGAAAAAGUCGAAAUGGCGUUGAUCGAGGUGGGUGUUGGCGGGAGACUAGACGCUACAAAUGUGCUUGCUCCAUACGACGCCAAUCUGCAAACUGGGGUUGUAGCUACGGGGAUAACCAAAAUCGCCAUGGACCACGAACUGUUGUUGGGAGACACGAUCCAAAAAAUAGCCGGUGAAAAAGCCGGGAUCAUGAAGCCGGGCGUCCCUUGCUUUGUCGAUGCGCUGAACGAAGAGCACCUGGUUUUAGAAGUGCUACGAGACAGAGCCAAGCACGUGGAGUGCCCGCUAACAAUAGUCAGCCCAGACCCUCACGACCUUGACAUGGUCAAAUUCAGUCCUUUGAAGGGGAAUCACCAAAUCCAGAACUUGGCCUUGGCACUCAGGAUCCUAGGCUCACUCCACAGCCUUCACCUGUAUCCUCCAGAUGAAAAAACCAUCGUUGAGGGCAUCAAAAACACCCACUGGCCCGGGCGUCUUCAGUCGCUUGAAAUGGCGCGGCUAGAGCAGGUGAUACUAGACGGGGCCCAUAACGAAAGCGCAGCUAUCGAGUUGGGCAACUACUUGAAGACUCAAUUCCCCCACCAGAAAAUCACAUUUGUCAUCGGAGUCACCCGUGGCAAAGACGUCGACGGGAUAUUGAAACACAUUGUACGAGCCGGAGACACCGUUAUACCGAGUCUAUUCCUGCAGCCUGACCGCAUGCCCUGGAUCCAGUGCGAGCAGGUUGAUCGAAUCGCGGAGACUGCAGCUAAAUACUGCCGAGUUGAAACAGUUUCUCCAGACGCCUACAUCACUGACAUACGCAAACACCUACAACGCCAAACGACCACCAAACCCGGCGUCGUUGUCAUCUGUGGAAGCUUGUACCUCGCUGGUGAUGCCUUGAGAAUGGUGGAGGGAAGCAAGUGGGCAUCAUCCAACUAA